ACAGUGAAUUUCUUAAGAAAUUCUCAAAUGAAGAUAUAUCGAUAAAUUUUGAUUUAAAAAAUAUACAAACAAUUGUACAUCAGACGCAAAACACAUGGUUUAGAUCUGGGAUAUUAGUUGACUUGUCAUGCAAUCAAGCUUCUUAUGUACUUCAGCAGGCAUCAAAUAGACGACUGUUCAGCCUUCAAAAUGACUGGGUACUUUUUAAUCGGCACGGAAAUCCGAAUAAAACAGACGCCCUAGAAAUUGCUUUACACUCAUUCAAAACGCAUAUGAAUCAAGCCUACGUAAUGCCAGAUUCGAGAGUUUAUCUAUUGAUAGAGGUUAAUAGAAACCUCUGGGAAAUAUGGGAUGGUUUUCGGUUGAGUGUUGCCAAAGAAGUUCAAGUGUCCCGAGUCGGCGUGAUGACUCCAGAACGAGUGGAAAUUAAACUCUCUGAUCGGACAAACUUUAAACGUGUUGUCCUUUCAGCCUCUACUGUAGUUCUAGAACCCAACAGUUUUCACGGUUGGGAUAAGCCUAUAGUUACUCACAAUUUAGAUAUAUUUGCCCAUAUGCAUUAUGCCGUUUGUACAGUAUUAGCGGAACAAUUAAAUUUCACGUUAAACUUGACCUUGUCUUCCGAUUAUGGGUGGAAUUACGGUAACGGGACGUAUAGCGGUUUAAUAGGAAAACUGCAAAGAGAAGAAAUUGACUUUACGGCUGCCGGUGCUCUGAUGAGAUCAGAUCGAAUGGACAUUGGGGACUUGACCGUCGGGACAUUCAUAGCUCGAACUGUCGCUAUUUAUAAACAACCGCCUCUGUCCAGUGUCAACAACAUUUUUACUUUGCCAUUCGUACCUAAUGUCUGGAUAGCGCUGCUCAUCGUUAUGUCAGUAUUCGCCGUUACUCUGGUAUUUCUCAUAUGGAUUUCCAAUUGGUUACAUGGCGUAGAAAUGAAACUCUCGUUCGCACUAGAUACGGUCACCUUAGUCUUUGCUGCUAUUUGUCAACAAGGCAUUUCAGUGGCGGCUACUCACUAUUCAAUACCUGCGCGAAUUGCCACGUUCACGCUGUUCCUUUGUGCGGUGUUCUUGUUCACCUCGUACGCGGCUUGUAUCGUAGUUUUGCUGCAGUCGGCCAGCAAGACAAUCAACACCAUCGUUGAUUUGGCAAACAAACCGAUUACGUUCAGUGUACAAGACACUAAACACAAUUACAUAUAUUUCAAUGAGACGGUCGAUGAAAAUAUUAAGAAAAUCUAUUUCGAAAAGAUGAAACCACAAGGUGCAAAGGCGUUUACGAGUCCGGAGAUAGGCGUGGAACGAGUUCGAAAUGAAUUUCAUUCGUAUUUGGGGGAAAUCACAUUGGCAUAUGAUAUAAUAGCUAAGACAUGGCAAGAACAUGAAAAAUGCAGUUUAUCUGAAACGGAAGUAUAUAAAAUACCACUUCUCACGUUAUACGUCGUAAAAAAGUCAGGAUACAAAGACGUAUUUAAACAAAAGAUGAUACAACAACAAGAAAUUGGCUUAAAAUAUCGAACUACCAAGAAGCUAAUGCCGCAAAAACAAAAGUGUUCAGCAAACUCGGGAGUAAUACGCUUCAACAGCGUAUCCAUGAAAGAAAUCUAUCCAGCAUUAAUAUUUCUUGGCUACGGUAUAUGCGCUUCAUGGUUAUUAUUUAUAUUUGAAUACAUUUAUAAGACCCAAGUGGAUAAAUAACAUACAUAAUAUUGUUAUGAAAAUUAAAUAAUCAAUUUGCUAUUUUAUCGUAGAACGUAAAUGCUUCAUAAUUGUAAUAACUAUACCUCAGUUUAACUGAGGUAGGGAACUAUUACCUGUAUAAUAACAUUUAAGUACACUGUACAGCAUAUAAUUAAAUAGUAAGUAAUUAAUUUUAAUGCUAUUUUUAUACGUCUUAUAAAAAUAUGUACAAGCAUAACGUGGAAAAAAAUAAAAGUACUUACUCCGU